AUGGCCCGCUUUCAGGAGCACACCCAGGAAUCGGCCCGCAAGGCGGCGCAGGCCCGCGAUCGUGUCGCCGCGUCGUCGGCCCAGGCAUUGGCGGUUCGCCACGCCGUCUCUCCAGCCCCACCGGUGCCGGUCGUCCCCGCUCCGACAGCGCCAGCUUCCGUCGAAAUCACUCAUUACCUCGAACGGCUCGCCGAGCAAGAAGAGGCCAUCAUUGCACUCGAGCGCAAGGUUUCUGCCAAAGAUGAUGAGCUCGCCAAUCAGGCCGAGCGUGUGGCCGAGCUGGAGGCCGACUGCCAGUCGCUGCGCACUGCUGCUGAGGCUGCGCGCGUGGCCAAGGAAGCCGCCGAAGGCGAGCAGGCCUCGCUGCGAGAUGCGCUCCACAUGAAGACUUCCGACUAUGUCAAGCUCAAGGCCCAGCUGCACGAAAAGUCCAUCAAGCUCCAGCAAAUGCUCGAAGUUAACUCGAUCACCGCUUCCACUGCAGCUGGAGACUCGCAGGAGGACAUCCUCGCCGGCCUGCUCGGCCCCAAGCGUUCAGGCGCGUCGUCAGCCGGCUCGGCGUCUCCUGCCACCGCCAACUCGCCUCGCUCCGUCUCGUACACCGCAGUCAUGGCCUCCAAGGAGACUGGUGCUGCUGCGGAUGACCCCCAGCUCCAGGUUCGCAAGAUGUAUGAGAAGAUGCAUGUCUAUCGCUCGCAGGUCAACAAGGCUCGCGACGCCAAUGCCGCUUUGCAGGCUGAGCUCGACGCUGCCCGCAGCGACGCUUCGGUCGCCCGCGAGGAGCUAGCCACCAUCAAGGCAUCACUCCAUGCCUCGCUCGAGGACCUCGUCGCCGAGCGUAACCCCCGCUCCAACCCCGACCCCGACCUUGACCCCGACCCCGGCUCCGAUUCCGCUCCCACUCCGCCCUCCACCGAACUCCAAGCCAUCCGCGCUCGCCUCGAGGAGACCACGCGCGAGCUUGCCCAGGCCCAGACCCAGGAGGAAGCCCUGGUGAUCAAGGUCCAGAAGCUCUCGGCCGAUCUCGAGCUUGUCACUGAAGACCGUGACGCGCUGCUCGGUGCGCUUGAAAAGAACUUGGCCACCAUUCAGGCACUCGAGCGCGACAACUCGCAGUUUGCAGAGACUAUCAACGCCACCGUGGCCAUCCGGGCUGCGCCGUCUGGCCCGCCAGCACCACGCUCGUUCUACGAUGCCAACCCGGUCCUCCAGCCGCCGCCGCACAUCCCAGCCCGCCACACCCCGCGGCGCAGUGAGACCACGACAGCGACCACAUCCGCCUACGCGGGCUCGUACUCGGCCUCGGGAUCUGCCUCGGCCGCGGGCUCGAUCUCACCCGCCCAUGGAGGUGAAGAUGUGCCGCUGGAUGAGCUCGUCUCGCCAGCAGACAUGACCGAGAGCAUCCGCUACCUGCUCGACGUGCUCGACGACUCGGCCUCGGGCAAAUGGAGGCUGCAUCUGGCGGAUCAUCAUCGCCGGGCAGACAACCUGCGUCGUCGAGCUCGGAGAUUCGAGUCGACCAACUGGUCAUCGUCAGAGUCGUCGUCGAUCUCGUUGGACGGUAUCGACGGCCUCUCGCCACGGCGUCGUCGUCGCCGUCGCCGUCGCCGGAGUGGCUCUCGCCGCGGCUCGGUGGCGCACUCGCGGAGCCACCACGGUGACGACGAUGGCGAGUCGGACUCGGACCGCGGCCCGCUGCCAAUGCAUGAGCCGGUUGACUUGGAGGACACCAUCAUGCGCACCUUCCCAGGUCUUUACGGCAUCACUCGCGUGGCGCGCGAACUCGACGCUGUCUCCCGCGAAAUCGAUACUACCAUGAAGCCGCUGGUCAUGCCCGGCCAGGAGUUUAUCGACAUUGACCAGACUGUGGCGGCCAACGAGAUUCUGGUCGAAAAGCAAAAGCGCGCCAUCCACAUGGUGCUCGAGUGUUUCGAGAAGAACUCGGUCUACCGCGACAACGCCCUCGAGUCGCUUCGCGUCUGGUUUGAACUCACCCGCUUCUCAGAGCUCGAGGGCAUCGAGAGUGAGUCAGUCGAGGACUUGCCGUCGCAGGCCUCCAUUAACUCGGCCAUACACCAGGUCACCUCCAACUCGCGAAGGCUCCGAAAGGUUCACCACGACACGCUCGAGUUCUGCAACUCACAGAUCUCCCGUGCCACCGCUACCGUGGGCAGGAUGUCGCAGGCGCAGAUCGCCGAUCUGCAGCAUGCGCUCCAGAUGGCGUCGUCGUCGCUCGAGCAGCUCAACGCGGAGAACACCACUCUGGGCCACCAGCUUGUAGCGGCCCAAGAGUCGGCCGCAAGUGCCAACGCCCAGCUCAAGGAGGCUCGGGUCCUGUUGCAAGACUCGCACGUCAAGUUUGACGCUGCGCUGCGCACGUCCGAGCAAGAGGCCGCCGCCAACAUCGGCAUGCUCCGCAAGGAGCUCGACGACGCGCGCGUCGAGUUGAAGAAGACCGAGGAGGCGUACAAGGCGGCAGCCAAGGACAACACCGCUGCAGACCACCGCAAGAUCAUGCUGUUUCUCGAGGGCCAGUUUGGCUCGCAAGUGUCUAUCAAGGGCUACAUGCGCGCCAUCAUGACCACCGUCGCCGACGCUCGCAAAGCUCAGGCCGCGCCCCACGCUGGGACCAACAUGGCGCACGCCGCCGAGCUGCAGAUGGUCCGCGAGCAGUACAAAUCGGAGCUCAACCGUCUGCUGGCGCAGCACGAGCUUGAAAUGCAGGACUUAGAAGCUGCGCGGGAUGCGGCGCUUGCAGCCGUCUCGAAAGAGCUGGAGAUCGCACGCGACGACAUUGCCCGGCUGCAAGAAGAGCUGGACAUGGUCGACAUCCGGUGGCACGGCAAGAUGGAGGCGCGCGAGAAGGAGCAUGCGGCCCGACUUGAUCUCGCCCAAGGCGGCGAUGGCUCUGGCAUUGGAGGAGGUGAGAGUGGUGGUGCAAGUGGCAGCGGCGGUGAGAAGGGCCACGAGCGCACCAGUGGCAAGGGAGGCACAGGCGGUAACCGUUCGCUUCGCGAGCAAGUCAAGCGCGCAACUGCCAACCUCAACGCACGCGUUGAGCGUCUUCAGCAAGAGCUGGCCGAGUCGAAGCGGUACGCUGCCGAGUUGAAACGCCAGCUCGAGCAGCUGCAGCAUUCUUCAGUGCCGGAUCGCUCGGUAGGGAGCACAGAUGGCCGACGCCGACCGUCCGUGAGCUCGGUGACUGCGUCUGCCGCGGCUGGCGACUCAGAUCGGCUCGCCAAGCGGACUCAAGUGCUCACCACCCAGUUGCGAUCGGUAAUGGCGUCGAAAAAGGAGCUGGAAGAAAAGGUUGAGGAGCUGGAAGCCAGGCUCACGGCUGCUAACCGCUUUCCGAAGGGAAAUGGAGCCACUGAGGCCCAAGCCCCGGACAAAUGGCGAGCUGAACCCGAGCUCGAGCCCGAGCCCGAGCCCGAGUGGGACAUUCGGGAACAACUCACAGCGGUGCUGCUCGACCUGCCAUCCACGUCGGACGAGCUCAUGAUCUUCCUGGCGACCGCCUCUCAGUCGGAGCUCUUGGCCAAGUUCUACGAGCUCGAGGCGGCGCUGCAGACGUCGCUGGAGCGGGAGCACUCGCUUGAGUCCAAGUUGACCGAAGCUGCAGCCGAGGCUGCCCACGGAGCCACAUUUGUGACGUCGGACGCUGCGACGCAGACGCCGGCUUGGUUUGGAGACUCGAAUCCCACGAUGCCGCGCAGUGCAGACGUUCCGACAUCGAUCUCAUCACCCGCGCUGCCAGGUGACGCCGACUUGAGCGUCCCACAAGAUGGCAACCUUCCACGGACGAUGUCGGUGGCUGUGCGAAGCCACUGGCCGGCGCGCGAGACGUGGUCCGUCUCGUCGGGUGAGUGCUCAGACGACGACGCACAGUUUGUGUCACUUGCCGGCUCGCCACCGUCAUUCUCGGGCUCGCCACCGACGUCGCUGGCAUCGCCUCCUCCUCGUUCUACGAGGCUUCCCCGGGCUGCCACAGUGGCCAGCAUAGACUCGGACGAUGAUGGUGAUGGCGACGACGCCAUUAGCGUCGGAAGUAGCGAGGCGUCCGGCAGCGGUGGAUGGGGGGGAGGCCCGGCGCUGCCUGCACCGGCGCCUAUUCCCGACCUUGGCCCGGAAGCUGUUGCGAUGAUGGUGAUGGCGACGACGCCAUUAGCGUCGGAAGUAGCGAGGCGCCCGGCGCUGCCUGCACCGGCGCCUAUUCCCGACCUUGGCCCGGAAGCUGUUGCGCUACAGACACAGGCCGAGUGGGGCCCGUUUGAGACCCUCAAAGCUCGAGAAGGCGAUGGCGAGCUGGCCGACGCGGUGACCCGUGACGGAGUCGAGGCGCGGCUGGCAAAGCUGGAGCGGUCUAUGCUUUUCCUUCGAGCGCAUGGCUUUAACGAGGUGGAUGUUCACGCAUCGGUCGAUGCAUCGCUUGGAGUGCUGUUUGCGACGUCGCCGUCGUCCGUGGAGCAUGUGCGCGGGACUGUCCGCCCCAUUCUGGAAGCGAUGGUACGGGCGCGAACCGAUCUCUCGCGAGAGCGGUGCAAACCAGCAGCGGUGGCGCGGCAGUUCAGCGAAGUGCUUGGCGAGGCAUGGAGUGCGCUUGACGCCUGCCUGCAUGAAAACGAGCUGGCAACACACGAGAGUGUGGCCAAGAUGACGGCGAUUCGGCAAGUGGUGGGUGACUUGCGCGGCCACCUCGGAACGCAUGUUAAGGCUGUGACCAAGCAUGGUCACUCUGCAGUGCCCGGUAAGACGGUGCGCAAGUUCCGCAAGCUUCUUGGCUACGCCGGCGAGUACAUGGACGCACUGCCCGGGCGCGUGGCAGCCGCCGCCGUGCGGACGCUCUCUGCGCCACGGGACAAGAUUGAUGUGAGACGCGAUCCACGGGCGCACGAGCUUCUCUCGGCGUUUGCCACGUCUGUCUUGGAGCCGCUUGCUGAGCAGGUGCGUGAGGCACACCGUCUGGCUGGCGAGGCACGGCUAACGACGCGAGUGGAACGGCUGGAAAGGGCUCAAGAGCUGCGCGACUUGCUCCGCGGCAUGGCGAGCGAGGUGAACAAGGUGGUGAGUGCUGCUGUGGCAUACACGCCGCUGGCUCGGUACCUGGAUGUGCAUGCGACGGAGCUUGACCGAGCGCGGCGGGGGCUCAACGAGGCCACAAUCCAGUUUGCACGGUCGCCUGUGACGCCGUCGUCGCGGGUCCGUGACGCCUUGAUGGGGGCCGUUGCUGAGGUUACCAACGCGCUGCACUCAUGGAGCCGCGAGAGCCUGGCUGAGGCAGGCUUGUGCCCCACCCAAGUCGAGCUUCUCAGCGAGGUUGUUUCCGCACGGGCAGCAGGCAGCUGGGCGCGCGUGCGUCUCAAUGAGGCUGUGGCUGUGGCACGGAAGACCAUUUUGAGCAUCCGCGACGCGGCUGAUCACCGAGCGCUGCAGAGUCUACAGGAGCGCGCGACCGAUGUUGCUGCGCAGAUGGAGAUGUACGCUGAGUGGCUGGUGGCGACAAUGACCGACGGCAGUCAGCGUGGCGUCAUUCUGGUCCGGGCUCGGAUGCUGGCGGACUCUGUGCGUGAUGCGUAUGCGGUGGCGGCUGGGCGCUAUGAUGGGAGGGCAGAGACAACUGCGUCGCAUGCGCUCCGUGUACGGAUGCUCGAUGUCAAGGCGCGACUCACUCAAGCUUUGCAAAAGCGCGAGAUGCAGCAGAUGGAGCUGGAGCGAGUUGUGGUCUCGUCGUUCACUCCGCUGGCCAAGCUGAUGGUUCACAGCGGUGGCGGCGACAGUGGCCAGCCAAGCAGCGACCAGGGCUCACCUGGAGCCAAGCCGUUGCGCAGCGGUGGGGGUGGAUCCGGCCCUGCUGCUGCCGACGCAGGCAGCAGCAUGGCGGGCGCUGGCCCGAGCAUUCCGCUGCCAGACAAGAACGCGUUGCUUGAGCAAGAGCUUCAGCGGACGGCAGAAGAGCUGAAAAACCUUGACGCGGCAGGAUACCAGGGCAUUGGGCACGAGUACAAGAGCGCACGGAGCCGCAAGUUCCACGGAUCAGGCUUUGGUGUCCAUGUCGAUGUCCAGGGGAGGCUGUUUGUGGGCCGGUCACUGCCGAAAGACUCUGCCUUUUACGGCAUGGCAGAGCUAGCCGACGCUGUGGUGGUAGGAUCGGCGCUGGGUCCGGUCAAAGACGAGCCUACGUCGCCGCACGAGACUGAAGAAGCUCGCUCGUCACGAGUGCUGGCGCAGAUGGAGGCGCUGACCCAGGCUGGCACGCUUGAGGAAGGGCCGGCGGCACUGAUGCUGGAAGCUGUGCUUGGGGCCGACGACGAGGGCGAGGACAGCAGCAAGAGUGAGUUGAGCGAUGAGGCGAGCAAGAGCAGCAAGGCUCGAGCGAAUAGCAAGGUGCUGUUGGGCUUGCGGCGGCUGUACCUUUCGGCAUUGCAUGCAAUGCGGGAGAUGAAUGACGGCUUUGCGGCGGUCCAUCAGGCUGUCGGUGCGUUUGGCAGCUCUGUAAGACGGAGUCUUGGCACCGGUGCGAGGCUGCUUACGUUCAACGUAGGCGGCUUGGAGAGUAGCUUGCCGACAGAAGGCGAGCAGUUGAGCUGGCAAGAGUCUGUCCGCUCGGACAUCGACUCGCUUACCGAGCUUGUCAUCGCGAUUCAGGCACGGAUUGAGGGCUUGAGCGAGAUUGCGCGUCAGCAGCAGGAGCAACACGGAAGUAGCGGAGGCAGUGCCGGGCACAGCGGUGGGCCGUCUGCGGCGGCACAGGUGCUUGAGAUGCAGCUCUCGCUUGCAGCGGCUCGGGCGGAUGUCAAGGCGGCGCAGCGGAUGGCAAUGGAGCGGUCCCGCGGCGAAGAGCGAGCGCGGCGACAGCUCGAUGGGUUCCGGCAACGUGAGGGCUUUUUGGUGCACACACUGCAGGCCAAGGACGCGGCGCUUCGCGAGCUGCGGGCGCAACUUGUCAAGCUCCAGCGGGCGAUCGAGGCGCACGACAAGUGGCUUAAGCUGCAUCGGGUCGACGAGGAGGCCAUGCUUGCGGCGGUGGAUGCCGAGCGUGAGCGGAUGGUGCGACAGGCGGCGGUGGAUGCGCAAGAGGUGGCGUACCAGCGAGAAGUGCGAGCAUUGUACGCGCAUGCUGAGCGGCGGGCUGGCGGCGAGCGGCGGGCUGGCGGGCGGCGGGCCGGCGAAGGCGGGGGAGUGAUCGAGGUCGGUAAGCUGCGGUUUGAGCUUCCGCAUUUGGCUUCACCGGUGAUGGAUCCCGCUGCGCGGAGGGUGGCGAGCAGCUCGCCGCCGCGGCGGUACUCUACAGUGCGGUCGCCGUCGCCACGGAGCAGCGGCGCCGGAGUCGGGCGAGGCCGCGGGAUCGGGCGGACCCGUGUUCGUGGCGAGGCUGGCGGGCUGCGGAUGAAGUCUUUCGCGUCCAAGUUUGUGUAGCUCUCCACGGAUGGCUAGUCUCCAUGCUAGUGCAGGUGCAAGCGUUGUGCCAGUUUGUUUGUCGGGUAAAAAGGUUACAGCUC